AGCCUCGGCGGCGGCGGCGGUUGUUGACAACAUGGCGGCUGCCGCCGCCUCCUCCGUCUUCGUGUGGGGAGCGCGAGGCGGCGGGGCGAGCCCGCGGGAGGCGCUGCUGCCGCCUCGGGAGCCCUGAGGGACGCGGGGCGGGCCGCCACCGCGCCCCGGGCCGCGCCGCCAUGUCCUUCUUCAAGCGGAAAGUGAAAGGCAAAGAGCAUGAAAAGGCAACAGAAUCCAAGACAAUUAAAGCUGCAGCGCCCGUACAUUCCCCUGCGAGAAGCACCAGGAACCAUGCCGUGCUGGACGCCGCUGCACCGAGCCACGUGGCCAUCAGCGCCAUCUCCGCCAACAUGGACUCCUCAAGCAGCCGCACGGCGGUUCUGAUGAAGCACCCGGGCCACACGGAGGCCGUGCACUUCGGAGACCUGGGCCGAUCUUGUCUGGACUACCGGGCUGAAGAGACCAAAUCCACCCUUUCAAAGACACUUGAGCAAGUCCUCCUGGACGCGGUGGCCCUCCCGUAUUUCAUCCAGUUCAUGGAGCUGCAUCGCAUGGAGCAUCUGGUCAGGUUCUGGCUGGAGGCCGAGAGCUUCCAUUCCACCACAUGGUCCCGCAUCAGAGCACACAGCCUGAACACGGUCAAGCACAGCUCCUUGGCCGAGCCCGUCUCCCCUUCGCUCAAACAGCACGGCACCUCCGUGUCUUCUCCCUCCUCGGAGUCCCUGGACAAGCGACCGGAGGAUUCUGGCCCACCUUGGCCCUUGCAGGUCAAGCCGUCGGCGGCCGAACUCAAUGUCCGGACACACAGCCUUCGCAACGAUUUGCUCCUUUGCCAGGGGGGCGCGAAGGCCCGUCUUGGGCCUGGAGCAACCGAGGUCGAGGGCUGCAGUGCUUUCGAGGAUCCUCACAACUCUUCCAAAAGCUCCGUAUCCAAUAGAAACAGCCCUUCCUUUUCGUUAAAGGACUUGUCAGGAAAACUCAUGAAAACUAUAGAACAGGACGCAGUGACCAUUUUUACCAAAUAUAUUUCUCCCGAUGCUGCUAAGCCAAUACCAGUUACAGAGCUGAUGAGGAACGACAUUGUUGCAAAGAUCUGCGGGGAAGACGGACAGGUGGACCCCAAUUGCUUCGUUACAGCACAAUCGGUAGUGUUUAAUGCCAUGGAACAAGAGCACUUUAGUGAAUUCCUGCGAAGUCACCACUUCUGUAAAUACCAGAUCGAGGUGCUGACCAGUGGGACUGUUUACUUGGCCGAUAUUCUCUUCUGCGAGUCUGCCCUCUUCUACUUCUCCGAGUUCAUGGAGAAAGAAGACGCCGUCAAUAUCCUGCAGUUCUGGCUGGCGGCAGACAACUUCCAGUCUCAGCUGGCCGCAAAAGAGGGGCAGUACGACGGCCAGGAGGCGCAGAACGACGCGAUGAUCUUAUACGAUAAGUACUUCUCCCUGCAGGCCACUCACCCUCUUGGUUUCGACGACUCCGUGCGCCUGGAAAUCGAAUCCAACAUCUGCAGGGAGGGGGGGCCGCUUCCCAGCUGCUUCACCACUCCGCUGAGACAAGCCUGGACCACGAUGGAGAAGGUUUUUUUGCCUGGCUUCCUGUCCAGCAACCUUUACUACAAAUACUUGAAUGACCUCAUCCACUCAGUCCGGGGCGACCCAUUUGCGAGCGGGAGCCUUCCCCAGAGCACCCACGGCCUCGGCAGCGCUUCCGAGGGUGACCCCCCCACAGGUUCCACGGACAGCUCCGCUCCCUCCCAGUCCAGCCUCAAAAAGAGUAAUGUAAAAAUCCUGAAAAACUUUGAUGAAGCAAUAAUCGUCGAUGCAGCCAGCUUGGAUCCGGAGACCUUGUACCAGCGCACGUAUGCCGGGAAGAUGACAUUUGGACGAGUGAGUGACCUGGGCCAGUUCAUCAGAGAGUCAGAACCGGAGCCCGACGUCAAGAAGUCCAGAGGGUCCAUGUUUUCACAAGCAAUGAAGAAAUGGGUGCAGGGCAACACGGAUGAGGCCCAGGAGGAGAUGGCCUGGAGGAUAGCCAAGAUGAUAGUCAGUGACGUGAUGCAGCAGGCGCAGCCCGGCCCGGCCGCAGACAAAGUCACAAAGCUAUGAUCUCCGGAAGCCCCAAGCGAAGGGAAUGAGGAGUGUUUUUGAAGAGGAGACGGAUGCGUCUCCCUCCGCCCUCCUCCUGCCAGAGUCUGCGGAACUGAAGCACUGCACAGAAGCCCCGCCCCUUCCUUUUAGAAAGAGCAUCAUGGGGAGGAAGAGAAGAGGACCCCCCCACCGGCACAGAUUGAUUGGCUUCCCCUCCAGCGUGCCCAGGAAUGCGUUGCUUGCACCGUGUAUCCCGCUCCGCCCACAAAGGAUCACUCCUCUAAACACUCCGGAGCUGGAAUAGGGUCCACCCUGGGCACCGGUGCCGGGGCUUCCCCACAAGAGGGUGCUAGUGGGGAUUCGUUCCCCUUUUUUCAGGAUGGCCUGGAGCACCUCACCCCACUGGACAGGGGCUGGGUGGUGAUGCCAGUGGCCCCCUCCCCCCCUUUUAAAAGAGUCAUACCAUCCCAGAGCUGUUCUGGGUUUUCCCUACUUGAAACGUUCUGAGCGGAGCAGGGACCGGCCCUUGCCCUUCCCCUGUUCUGCAGAGAAGCAGGUGUCUGUUUCCAGCGGCGUCUUCCUCGGCUCACCUUCAGUCUGGCCUGAGCACCGGCCUGGCCUCUUCCUGGGACGUGGGGCUCGCACGCAGGCCGAAGGAACUGAGGGUGCCCCGAGGGCCGUGGGCAGUAUCCUAUUGACCCCAAGCCGUGUCCCUUCCCCAACUCUGUUCUUUUUAAAUGCCAGUUUUGAGCCAUUGGGCUUCCUCCUUCCAAGUUCCCAGUGACCUUCUAGGAUUUAGAACCUCUUUCAUGCCACCUGCAGUCGCUCUUGCUCUGCUGCAGCACCUGCGACAGGCAGGUAAUUUUACUGGAUUGUUCCAAGCGCUCAAAAUGGGGUCCACUCCAUUGUGCAUGUGGGUUUUUCCUGGGUUUCCCCCCCCCCCAACACCUUCAUUUCUAUUGAAAUACUUUUUCUUUGGAGAGGGUUUUUUUUUUUUAAAUGCCUGUUUGCUUUUCUUGUUUUGAAGACCUGUGCAAAACAAACAUACAAACACAACCCACUUCACCUGCAGGAGUGCUUCUGAUCUGCCCUCCAGCAUUUUGAAAGCUUUGAUGGACGAAGCGAGCAUUUAACGUUGCAAUAUCUGCCCUAGCAGACUCUCUACAUCAGUUUGCCAGAAGCAAAAAAAGCUGUGUAUAGGUUUUUUGGUACUGUGUACCACCUUAUUGUCUCAUGCCCAAGUAUUCAUGUAAUUAAACCAUAUUUAAUUGUGUUUUGAUUGAAUAUAUAUAUAUAUUCCAAA